AUGUAUCCGAAUUCUGGAAUAAACGCAGCUGCGGUUGCAGCCCGCCAUCCGGGUCCACCUCAGUCUGCACAACCUUUCAAAUUUACUAUAACGGAAAACUGUGAUAGAAUAAAAGAAGAAUUCAAUUUUCUUCAAGCACAGUAUCAUAAUCUUAAAAUGGAAUGCGAAAAGCUGGCUCAGGACAAAACCGAAAUGCAGCGGCAUUACGUGAUGUAUUAUGAAAUGUCCUACGGACUUAAUGUUGAGAUGCACAAGCAGACGGAAAUAUCUAAAAGAUUGAAUGCUAUAAUCACUCAAAUCGUACCUUUUCUGUCUCAAGAGCAUCAACAGCAAGUUCUUACUGCUGUUGAACGAGCGAAGCAAAUUACUAUGUCCGAAUUAAAUGCCGUAAUAGGACAGCAACAACGGCCCGACUUGCCAAGGCUAUUACAACAGAUGCACGCUCAGCAAAUUCCGGGUGCUCAUGGUGCUCCACCGAUACCAGUUGGUAUGCCGCAUCCUAGUCUCGGCCCAGGUGCUCUUGGUGGACCGCUUGCGCUUGGUAGUACUCCUCCUCAACAUCCGUUAGCUAUUCUCAACAAACAAGAACUGCACCGGCCAGAAGAAUCCAAAAGCAGUAACAGCAAUAUCAUGCCAUUAGACGAUAGACAUAGAAGCUCAAUUUCUCCCUCGGAUCGUGAUAAGUACCGUCCAAGGACACCAGAAUCAGCUCAUGAGUUGAAGAAAGUUAAAAAAGAAGAAAAGGACAUGGGACAUUCUGAUGGAGAGAAGUCCGAUCAAGAUUUAGUUGUUGAUGAUGCAUCUGAGAUUAACCCCAUGAGUCCUUUGCCGAAUCAACAUCAUAAUGGAACGGCCUCACCUCGUGAAAAUGGCAUAAUGCAAAAAAAAUUAGACGUACAAGAUCGCGAUCGCAUCGGAACCCAUUCGCCACGAUCAGGAACGUCAUCCAAUGCGUCUACUCCAUCAAAUAAGAAACUGGAUGAUAAACCAACCACUCCAAUUGCCAAACCUGCUACCCCAACCAAUCCAGGGGCGAGCAAUGGUGUGCCUAAAGUAGUUAAUAAACCACCAGUUUUGAACCCGGGUUAUCCUCCGUAUCUUGCUGGUCCAUUGAAUAGUGCCCCACAUGAUUUACAAGCCGCAGCGGCUGCAGCAGCCUACGGUGGUCCAGGGGUACAUAAUAAUCUUCCUCACUCACUAAACAAUUACGCUCGUGCGCCCCUAGCGUUUGAUCCGCAUCCACAAAUGCGGGCACCUCUUGGUCCGAUAGGAAUUCCCGGUGGAAAACCGGCAUAUUCGUUUCAUGUAAAUGCUGAAGGACAGAUGCAACCAGUGCCAUUUCCUCAGGAUGCCCUAGUUGGACCAGGUAUUCCUCGCCACGCACGACAAAUAAGUUCGCUCAACCAUGGUGAAGUCGUGUGCGCUGUUACGAUCUCUAACCCUACCAAAUAUGUGUACACUGGUGGAAAAGGAUGUGUGAAGGCCUGGGAUAUAUCUCAACCAGGAAAUAAGAGCCCUGUGUCGCAGUUGGAUUGCUUGCAACGAGACAAUUACAUACGUUCAGUGAAACUGCUUCCGGAUGGACGGACUUUGAUCGUCGGUGGAGAGGCUUCUAAUUUAUCAAUCUGGGACUUGGCAAGUCCGACACCAAGAAUAAAAGCCGAACUCACCUCAAAUGCUCCUGCCUGCUAUGCGCUUGCCAUUUCACCGGAUUCCAAAGUAUGCUUCUCGUGUUGUUCAGACGGUAAUAUUGCAGUCUGGGAUCUUCAAAAUCAAACACUUGUGAGACAAUUCCAAGGACACACUGACGGAGCUUCUUGUAUCGAUAUCAGUGCCGACGGCUUAAAGCUUUGGACGGGUGGAUUAGAUAACACGGUUCGUUCAUGGGAUCUUAGAGAAGGUCGCCAGUUACAGCAACAUGAUUUUAGUUCGCAAAUCUUCUCUCUCGGUUAUUGCCCAACUGGAGAAUGGCUAGCAGUUGGAAUGGAAAAUUCUAAUGUGGAAGUAUUACACGCAACCAAACCGGACAAAUAUCAGCUUCACUUACAUGAGAGUUGCGUAUUAAGCUUAAAGUUUGCAGCCUGUGGCAAGUGGUUCGUUUCAACGGGUAAAGACAACUUGCUAAAUGCUUGGAAGACACCGUAUGGUGCUUCGAUUUUCCAGUCGAAAGAAUCUUCUUCCGUGUUAAGCUGUGAUAUAUCUGCGGAUGAUAAAUACAUCGUGACGGGUUCGGGAGAUAAAAAAGCAACCGUCUACGAAGUAAUAUAUUAGAGCGGAUCAACUUGUGGUAGCAGAAAAUCGCAUUGCAUUGUACAUGAAUUAGCACGCCCUGUAUGCUCCAUCAACUUGCUUUAUGACGUAUGAUCGAUCGGAGAGUUAUUUUG